CUCUACUACGUGCCACCGGUAGAGUUUCGGUUGAAGUCUGAGCAUAGUGCUCCACGUGUGUUGUUUUGCUUUGUUAUGCAUUCAUGUUAAUUAUUGUAGCAUGGGGAAGAAUAAGAAAAAUAAAGUGUCCGAUUCGGGGAAACAAGCGGGAAAACCUGGACAACGUCAAAGUAAUGCCAAGCUCCAGAGAGACGGUAAACCCAAGAAAGCCAAAGAGGUGGACCACAUUCAACAUAUCCCCUUCAAACUACGAGAAAUAAUGAAGGCUAAGGACAGAAUGAAAACUGGGUCCCUAAAAGUCAAAAAGCCGAAAAAGGAUAAAUCAGAGUAUUUUCUAGAUGGAGACAUACCUGUUCCACAUUUCAAGAGGGGCAAACGGGAAAGCGUGAAAGCUUACGUGCAGCGGAUGGAGCGUGAGACAAAACAUGUCAUGUUCCUCUCCAAAAACCAAGUAGACAGGAAGCCCGAAAUGGAUGCAAGCGAACAAGAGAGGCCUGCACACUGCAAAUCUGAUAAAAAGAAGGAGUAUGGUAAAAUGAAGCUACAGAAGCUACAGCAGAAAAAGGUGAACAAACAAGAGGACAAGAUGGAAGAACAGAUGUUUAUAGAUGAUGUUCCUUUUGGUGAGGUUACAAUGGCCCCUCCCUCUUUGAGUGCCAAACCAAGGAAAGCUGAAGUCAAAUCUCAGAAAGCAUCAAAGGAGCUGCUCCUAAACUCUCUUCUUGGCCAUACUGCAGUCUCCACUACAAAGCCCUCCAUGGCCAAACAGAGAAUCAUGGAGGAGGAGCGGGAACGAGCAGUAGAGGCAUACCGUCAGCUGAAGAAACAGAAACAGCAGCAGUAUGAAGCUAGGACUGCAAGCAUGAGAAAACUCAAAAGCCUUCAUUGAUGUUGCUUUUCACUCAGCUCAUCUGCAGUCAGUGUUCCUGGCAGCAGCAGGGCUGAGCAGUGAUCUGUAGAAACUGUCUAAAUAAGAUGGAGAGCUAGCCACAUUUGAGAUUAAUAUCUGGAGGAACUUUAUGCAUCCAUAGGCCACUGUUGGAGGCUCCUGUAGCUCAACAGGUACAGCAGGCUGUUUGCUUUUCAUGAAACUGGCAACAUACCACUCCCACGCUGUCUAAAAGAGGGGGAAAAUGUGUACUAUUCAAAUGUCUGUGUGUGCAAGGGUGGAUGUGGCUCCUUGUGUAAAGCGGUUGGUUGAAGGGCACUGUAUAAUUCCAUUUUAUCUUUAGGUACACUAAACAACACUGCCGCUUUCACAACGUUGUUAAUUUAAAAGAGUGAACGGCUUUCAAAGUGCUUUGUAACACUGCAGAGUCAUUUCCCAAGUCCGAUGGAAAAUACAUGGAGAUAUUUUGCCUAUGCUCAUUUAUCACCCUUGGAACGCUUGCGUAUUUCAUCAUUUGUAUUUACAGUUUUUUCACAUUUGCAUGUUCAGAUAACCAAAUUCUGAGGUCGUCCGUCAUGUGAUGGACAGUAAAAUCCAUCCAUCAGGUUAUUUCAAAGUAAAGAUGAUCCUCUGAUUGUUUUUAGUGGUCCCACUAGAUGGCACUCCUCUUGUACACAGCCGACAUAACUUGCUCAUUGUUGGUGCCAUAUUAUAUAUUGAAGUAUUUUAUAUUGUUGUUAAAUGGUUGAGUGGUAAUGACUGCAUUUUAUAUAGAAAAUGUAAAUAACAUGUUGAGAGAAACCAUGAGGUCAUUUAUUAUUAGAUGUUUUUGAUUUUUUUCCAUGCUCCUCAGCAGAUGUUUGCUGUUUGUUGUCAUAUUCCCUGUUUUUUUUUUCCAGAGCAUUUGAAUAAAUCUGGAAUUGUCAUCCACACUGAUGUUCAGAAACAUCAGCUGAAAAAACAAAUAUCCUCAUGAGACCUUUUUAGCUGUUCUUGGGUUUAAAGUCCUUUGCAGCUGCUGUUUUUUGUUUGUACGUCUGUGAUAGCCUCUGUCUUGGGAUAAAUGAGCCAUUAGCCUUUUUAAAUGUGCAGCAUUUAUUAGAGCCUGGCACAGCUAUUUAUAUUUGUAAUCCUUCGAAGGCUUUACACUCAUGAACGAAGCCAUUGUUUAAAUAUUUGCAUAUGAGACGGACUGCGCAUAUUCAAAUCUUUGUUCAAAAACUUUCAAAGCAUGCUAUCUAAGGAAAAAAAACCACAUUGAUAAUAUAAUGCAAUAGUGAUCAACUGAAUAAUAUGACCAGAUGGUGUCAAUACAGAAUUCUUCUUAUCUGGUUCGUGGGUCCAAUCACUGCUAUUUAAUCAGCUUGACUGGUGAAACCCUCAGUCCAUAUUUGUCCUCUGAUGGUUGUCACAGUGACACGGAAAUGUAUUAAGUGGGGACAGCUGCUGGUGAUUGGGUGCACCGACUCCCUUGAGCUGAGCACAUUUGCCAUUGGUUAUAUUCCACCUGUGUGCAGGACAGCUGUUCACAUUAUCAGAGCUUUACAGCUGUUUUUCACUUAGGAUGUUAAGAUACUGGGUUUUUUUUACCUUCUUCUUCUUCUUCUUUUAGUUGAAUUUACUGACCCCGGAGUUACGUAAUAUACAAAGCUUCAAUCGUGUUAGCGUAUUUAUAUAGUCAAAUAUUUCAAGUGCAGUGUGACACAUUGUGAGUUCUCUGUAUUAAAUGUUUUACCAACCAUCCAAAGGUCCGCUGGGAAGCACGAAAUCUAACCAGACUUGAGCAGUUUCAUUGGAAAUAUUCUGCUCUGUUUAUGUCCACAUGCAGUGUUUCAUUUUGGAUAUCAUGCAACGCUUGUUUUUUUCAGCCAGAUCAAGAAGGUGAUACUGAAGGUUAUUACAGAGGAAAACAUCAUUUGCUUAUGUGUUCUGUUGUUCAGUGCUGUCUGAUUUCCUGUUAGUGAGCAAUUUAUCUUCCGAUCAAGUACCCAUGGCUGCUGACAGUACAGGAUGGGAAAGAGUAAUUGGGAGAGAGACAUUUAAGCCUGCUGCUAGGCAGCCACUGCUGACUGAAGCUUUUAAAGACGUGUGAGUGUGUGAGCGAGAUAAAUUAUAUUAAAAUAAUUGUGCUUGUCAUGUAGAGAAGACAGACUACCUCUUGUGAGUCAGAGCAGUUGUAGAUGAAAAUUUUCGCAGCAAUACGUACGCAAUAUUAAUCUGUUACCACAGCGAUUGAUGAUUGGAUUCAGCAGCAUUACAACAACAUCAGCUUGACUAUCACAGCGGUCUCCCUUGCUGAACUACAAACUGAGGCAUCACAGAGCCAACCCCUGGAUGUCGUGCUAGGUGCCAGGCCAGGCUUAUCAAGCAAACAUAUGUAAAUAUUUGAAGCAGUAAACUUAGCAAUCCUGCUGACAUGAUGACACUUCCUCUUUUACCAUCCAGUACCUUUCGUUAUUAGUUGAUUCUUUCUGCAAUCCAAAACGCCAGAGAAUUUAACUGAAAUUUGUAGGGCUGACACCUUAGAAUUUACACCUUCACAUUUAUUCCAUUCAUGGCUAAAAGCCACAUUUUUGCAUAUGAUUACAUCAUUAUAGUUACACAAAUUUACAACUAAGUAUGUUAUACUGUGGUGAUCAUGAACAAAUUCUAAUGCAUACACACACACACAUAUAUGUGUGAACGUGUUAGAAUUUGUUUAUAUAUACGUGUGUGUGUGUGUGUGUAUAUAUAUAUAUAUAUAUAUAGACAGAUGAUAUAUACACAUCUG